CUGACCCCGGCCAGCUUCCACUUUCGUUUCCGCGAGGCGCGGGCCCGAUCCCGGCGGGGGGAUGUGGGCGCUGGAGGUGAGCGCGGUGCCGGCGGCGCUGGAGGACGAGCUGCUCGUGCUGUACUUCGAGAGCCGGCGGCGCUCGGGCGGCGGCCCCGUGCUGGCCUGUCGGCGCCGCGGGCCCCGCGCCCUCCUCACCUUCGCCAGCCCCGAGGACGCGCAGCGGGUCCUGGCGCGGGGCCGGCACGAGCUGCGGGGCGCGGAGCUGCAGGUGCGGCCGGCCGACCCGGGCAAGGUGCUGCUCCGCGGGCUGCAGCCCCGCACGGCGCCCGGCCCCCUCGAGCGCUACGUGGAGCGCCUGCUCGGCCGCCAGCGCCCGGCCUUCGCCCUGCACCGCAGCCACGACGGCCGCCACGCCCUGCUGCAGCUCGCCCAGCCGCUGCUGGCACACGCAGAGUUCCUGCAGCUGGAGGAGCGUGCGCGGGGCCAGGAGCUGGAUGGGGCGGCCGUGACGGUGGAGCAGGUGCCGCAGACCGACAGCGUGACCGUGCGGAGCCGCGGUACCGCGCUCAGCCAGGAACUGCUGGAGCUGUACUUCGAGAGCCGGCGCAGCGGCGGGGGCUGCGUGCAGGCCGUGCGGGUGCUGCCAGGAGGCAGAGCCGCCAUCGUGUCCUUCCAGGACCGCGAUGCUGUGGAGCGGGUGCUGCACAAGUCCCACCAGCUGCAGGAAGGCGAGCUGGACGUCUCCCCCUACUACGACUUCCUAGAGCCCUUGGCGGAGGACACCGAGACCACCCCGGGGGAGGCGGCUGCAGCUGGGGAGACCCGUGUGAGCGUGGGGGACGCCGCCAGGCUGCAGCUGCUGGCGGCCAGCCCGGCCCUGCAGGAGCUGCGCGAUGCCUUCCCGGACCUGGGGCUGCGGCUGGAGGGGGACGGGGCUUGGGUCUCGGGCGGGACCGCGGCGCAGCAGCAGGAGCUGCAGGACAGGCUCUUGCAGACCCUGCAGGGCAUGGCCCAGGAGCACGUGCCCCUGCCGCCCGAGACCCUGCGCUUCCUGCAGCGCGACGACGUCCAGGAGCAGCUGCGGCAGCGCCUGGAGAGCCGCCGGCUGGCCGCCUGCUACGCCCCGGCCGAGGGCACGGUGGUGGUGACGGCGCUGAGCUCUGCCGUGGCCCAGGAUGCUGCCCAGCUGCUGAGCAAGGCCCUGAGCCCCUUCUGCCUGCCGGUGUCCGAGCGGCACCUGGCAGCCCUGAGCUCCCCGUGCUGGGACCGGCUGCGGGCCGUGCUGCCCUGCUGCGACGUGCAGCUGGCGCCCGACGGCGGGCACUUGCAGGUGGUGACGCUGCGCAGCCUGGAGCAGGGGACGCGGGAGCGGCUGCUGGCCUUCCUGGAGGACGCCACGCCGGACGAAGCCCUGGUGCCCAUGGAGCCGGGCGCGCUGCGCUUCCUGCAGCUGCACUACCAGGACCUGCUGGGCAGCAUCGCCGAGGUCACGCUGCUGCCCCUGGACGACACCGACGUCACCGGCUUCCGGGUGAGCGGGGAGGCGAGCGCGUGCUGUGCGGCCGUCGAGUUCCUGCAGAGCCUGCUGGGCACCGUGAGCUCCCAGACGGUGACGCUGCGCUACCCCGGCGUUGCCCGCUUCCUGCUGGACGAGCCUGGGCAGAGCCUCUUGCAGGAGCUGGAAAGCUGCUUCCAGUGCGUCUUCGGGCUGGAGCACGUCCGCUGGAGCCCCCCGAACUCGUCGCAUGAACUCGAGCUGUCCGAGGAGCUGGUGCCCCUGAGCUGCCACCCAGACCCCCUUAUCUCCGCUGAGCCGCUGGAGCCCCCCGACGGAGCCACCAGAGACCACCAAGGCUCCAGCAUCGAGGAGAUCAAGGGGCUCCUCGCGGCCCUGCAGCCUGGGGACGGAGCGGCCCACGCUGAGGGGGAGACCCAGUACUUGGCUGGCGGUAACCCCGAGCCCCCGGCAGAGGGGGAGGAGGAUCUGUACACGGCGCCAGAGCCCGUUGCCGCCACGGAGCCGGAGCCGGAGCUGGAGCUGGAGGAGGGGGAGCCGCGGGGCCCGGCUGAUGGAGGCGAGAAGUUGCCGGGCGCGGAGCUGGGCAGCAGCGCGGACGAGGAGGCGCAGCUGCUGCUGGCCAUCCAGCAGUCCAUGGACAGCCAGCACGAGGAGGAGGAGCAGCUGCAGCGCGCCACCGAGCUCUCCUUGCGCUCUUACUGCCGGGAGUCGGAGCCGGGCGCCGUGGGGCUGGCGGCCGCCCUGGAGGCGUCACUGGAGGAGGCACUGGAGGUGGCCGACGCGGCGCGGGUCACCGUGUACACGGCCUACGAGCAGGACGUGAGUGCGCUGCUCUCGCAGCUGGAGCAGGCGCUGGAGGCGCAGCUGCGGGAGGAGGUGGUGAGCAGCGAGCAGCUGCGGGCCCUGCCGGCGCCAUGCCGCGGGUACCUGGUGCAGUUGCAGUGCCGGCACGCUGUGCGCCUGUCCCUGGCGGGUGCCACGGCCACGCUGCACGGCUUUGCCGAGUACCCCGUGGCCGCCUCCCGUGACCUCGCCCGGCUGCUGCACCGGCUGCUGCCGGCCGAACGCCCACAGGAUGGGGCAGGCGCCCGCUGGCUGCACUGGGACACGCCGGACACCCCCGUGCCCUACACGGCCGAGGCCAGCGCCCUGCUGGAGGAGGCCUGGCGUCGGCGGCAGCGGCAGCUGGACGUGCUCUUCGAUGGGAGGCCUUUCACCGUGGACUUCGAGCGCAUGGAGGAGUACGACAUCGGCAGCGCCCGCGCCCGCCCCAUCGCCCGUGACCUGCCCUCGGGGAAACUCCCCAGCAGCCCUCCAGCGGCGGGCGGUGUGCCCCUGGACGAGGAGGUGAGGCUGGUGCACCUGGCCGAGGGCUCGGAGGAGUUUCGGGACACGGUGCGCAGCUUCUACGACACGCUGGACAACUUCCACAACAAGAUCCGCGUGAUUAAGGUGGAGAAGCUGAUCCAUCCGCUGCUGUACCAGCAGUACCAGCUGAAGAAGGCAUGCAUGGAGAAGGCCUGCCACCACCGGCCCGUGGAGCGGCUCCUCUACCACGGCACCACCGAGGAGUCCAGCCGCGAGAUCUGCCAGCAUGGCUUCAACCGCAGCUUCUGCGGCAAGAACGCCACGCGGUUCGGGCAGGGCGUGUACUUCGCGGUGAAGGCCGUGCUGUCGGUGCAGGAGAUGUACUCCCCGCCCAGCGCCGACGGCAACAAGUACAUCUUCGUGGUCAAGGCGCUGACGGGCGAGUUCACGGUGGGCACCCCGGACAUGCGAGUGCCCCCGCUGCGGGAGGGCCCCGGGAUGCCGCGGCGCUACGACAGCGUGGUGGACAACCGCAGCCAGCCCGCCCUCUUCGUCAUCUUCAACGACACCCAGGCCUACCCCCAGUACCUCAUCACCUGCCAGCGCUGCCAGGCCCCGGCGCCCGUCUGACCGCGGUGCCCUCGCCCUGACCUGGGGCAGCGCCGGGGCUGUGGGACCCUCGCUGCCAGCCGUGCGUGCCGGGAGCUGUGUCCCCAGGGACAACGGGCCGCACCGGGCUGGUGCCUCUUGGCUGCCGCAUGCCUGCAACCCCUGCCUUGCUCACCGCCGUGCCUGUUUGUGCCGGGCUGCCCGGCGCCGCGCCCCAGGGCUGGGGGCAGCAGGGCACCGGGCCGUGGAGGUGUCCUGCCGCGCCGGGCCCUGGAGCGAUGCACCGGCACCUUGUUGGGGGGAUCUGGGAAGCUGACACUGGAGAGCAAAGAAACCCAGAUGUGAAAUACAGUUUGACUGCACAA